CAUCAUUUCUAAACAGUCUACUUCCCUCCAGAAGACAAAACAAUCAAACUCUUCCAAACACAUUCAGUUAUGAAGUACAACCUGAUAGACACCACCGGAUGUAGUAUUUAUUAAUGUAAAGGCAUUGUCAGUCAUCUCUAACUGUUUCUCUGUCUCUCUCCAUCUGUAAUCCUCACAGGGGCUUCGAUAUUGGCAACCAUUUCUGUGAAUGGAUGUACGACUACAACUGCGACGAGUUACCUUUCUUCAAAGUCAACGCUCAGGCCUACCCUUCAAAAGCCCAGCAGCUCCACUUCAUUGACAGCUACCUGCGUGAGUCUGACCCAGGGUUUGACAACCUGAGUGAAGAGGAUCAAAUGAAAGUGAAGGAGGAGCUGUACGUGGAGGUCAACAGGUUCUCCCUGGCAUCCCACUUCUUUUGGGGCUUGUGGUCCAUCAUCCAGGCCCGCCUCUCCACCAUCAAGUUUGGAUACCUGGAGUAUGCCCAGGCCAGAUUUGAUGCCUACUUCCAGCAGAAGAAGAUCUGGGCUGUCUAAUGCAGAAAGCUGAUUGGAUGGAUCAACAACAUUUAGCCAAACAGCAGAUGGAGGACAUACGGACUGAUAAAGACUCCACGAUCCAUGCUUUACUUAUACUCCCUGCCUCCAGAGGAUUUGCUGGCUACUGUUGGUGUCGUGUUGCCCAAAGCCAAAACUUGAUCACGAGGCUAGGUGCUUAAAAGUACACAAUCCAUUGCAGCUCAAAGUUUACACUGCGUAACUCCUUGAGAGCCAAAAAAAAAAAGAAAGAAAAAA